UCACGGCGCCAUGGAGCCCGGCGGGGAACGCGAGCUGCGGCGGCGGCGGCACCUCCCCGAACUCAGGCACCAGGCGGCCGAGUAUUAUCGGAGCAACGAAGUCCCACAACGGCUGGAGGAGGCGCUCAACGCCACGUUCUACCUGCGCCCUCCGGACCUCUACGGCCAUCUGGCUAACUACUUCUCUAAAUUUUCAAAACCUCCAGUAAUAUGCAAAUUAAUUGGAAGGAAGGUCCUUGAUGGAACUGGUCGACCAACAUUAGAAGUGGAAAUAUUUUGCACAGUUAAAAACCAUGAGAAGAGCAUUUGUUCCAUUGUGGUCUCUUCUCACUCUGAAAUCCUUGACAGUGCUUCUCCUGAAGCAAUUGAUGCUGAUGAGAACGAAAGAAAUGACACUGUUAAUAGAGCCCUGGAAUGGGUAAAUGGAUCACUGAAUGAAAUGCUUAGAGACCUGCAACCUGCUGACCAGUGUAAAGCUGAUGAGCUGCUUGGUGAAUACUUUGCAAAGAAGGUAGAAGAAGAAAAAGAAAGAAAGGCAAUUGAAAAGGAAGAACAAGAAGCAGCAAUUUCUGCACCUGCAUAUGUUCCAGCUUUAUCAGCUGUAACACCAUCUGGCAAAAAAAAAGGAGUCAAAUUAGGGAAGAAGAGUUCUGUUGCAGAGAAACCAAUCUCACCUGCAGAACCUAUCGAACCAGUGCUCUGUGGCAGCAUAGCCAUUGGAGGAUUAUCACUUGCUGUUGCUAAAACUGGUGCCACCAUUAACAACACACCUUUGUACCUACAUCUUGCAUUGAUGAAACAUGAUCAGGAUUUGCCUAAGGAGUUGACUAUGCCGCUACCAAUGGUCACUCUGUUGAGCUGUGGGAAAUCGUCAUCUGGAAAACUGAAAUUAAUGAAAGAAGUGAUGCUCAUACCACCCGCAGAGUUAACAGUUAAACAAGGUAUUGAAAGGCUUCUGGAGAUUCAGAAACAAAUGAUGAGAUUGCUGGAUCCUGUAAGCAAAGGGCCAUCAGUUUUAAAGAGAAUAUCCCAUUUGGGGUGCUUAAUAACAGGGUGCGAUAGUCUGGAACAACCUCUGAUCUUACUGCAAACAGCUUGCAGGAAUCUAGGUCUGGAACUAGGAACAGAUGUACAUUUAGCAAUAAACUGUGCUGCUCAUGAAUUGAUGGACUAUACCAAAGGAAAAUAUGAAAUACUGACUGGAACACUCAAGAGUCCUGAUGAAAUAGUCGAUAUGUACGUGGACCUAAUUAAUAAAUACCCCUCAAUUAUUGCAUUAAUAGAUCCCCUGAGGAAAGAGGAUGGCCAGCAAUGGAGCAAUAUAUGUAAUGCUGUUGGUUCCAGAUGUUAUUUGAUUGCAGAAGAUGCAGCCAAAAGUAUUUCUAAACUUGUGGAGGAUCAAAAUAUAAACAUACCAAAAUGCAGUGGUCUUAUAAUAAAAUAUACAAAUCAAACCAAGAUAUCUGACCUCACAGAACUUACCCGACUUCUAGAAGGUCAAAGACAUAUCGCCAUAUUAGGAAGUCCAGCUGGAGAAUCUUCUGAUGAUAGCCUUGUAGAUCUGGCUGUUGGCCUGGGUGCCAGGUUUAUCAAGUUGGGAGGUCUUUCCCGUGGAGAAAGGGUGACCAAAUACAACCGCCUUCUUGCUAUAGAGGAAGAACUGGCCAAGAAUGGAACACUGCGUUCAGGAGAAAACCAUGAAUUUGUUGAUUUUGCUGAAGAGGUACUAACAGUGGAAGAACUUCUUGAUGCACUCCCUACCACGGAGCAGGACCCAUGGUCUUCAGAGCAUUCUCAGCCUCUGCUGGCCCAUGACCAAAAUCCUGUUUCCUUACAUGGUAGUACACUGCAUCUCAAUGAAGCUACCAACUUGGACCCAUCAAUAUUUCCUUGACAGCUUGGCACUAAGGUGAUAUCAAAGGUCUAGUCCAUCAAGGUGCUGAGCAUCCUCAACUCACUCUCAUUAAAGUUAACAGGAGUUAAAGGUGCUCAGCACCACACAGGAGUGGAUCCUAAAUUUGGAGUUUUAGGUUCUGAUGACGCCAUUAGAUCUGUGAGGAAGGGAUCAUGUGCUUGUUUGGAACCAUACUUAAGUUUCCACAUGGUUGCAAGGAUUUCCCUCUCGUGCAGAUGCAAUAAGGCUCUAGUGAAUUCUCAGUGAAUCAAAUUUCACUUGUUUGAUUGCCAUUAAUUCUACCCUGGCAUCUAACUAACAAUAAACUGUUUUUAAAUGCCUGAAGUUCAGUGAUUACCGAUACUUUGUCUUAAUUCAAACCCAUCCUAUUUUGAGUUUUUGUACCUACGCAUGUUUUAUUAGUCUCUAAUUCUGAUGUAUCUGCUCCACCUUGUAUUUAGCUGUGACAUGCUGAGUACCUUUCCCAGACCAAGAGCAGCUCUGUGUAAACUCAAA